AUGUGGAUGAUCAUUGUGGAUGCGUAUUCAAAAUGGAUUGAAAUUGAAGAAAUGAACAAUAUUACAACAGCGUCGACCAUCAAAGUGAUGAAAAGUGUUUUUGCGCGAUUUGGAUUGCCGAAGACGUUAGUUACAGACAAUGGCCCUCAGUUAGUGUCAAGUGACUUUGAAGACUUUUGUAAAUCACAAGGUAUUAAACAUGUGAGAAUAACUCCUUACCAUCCAAAAUCAAAUGGACAAGCCGAAAGAGUGGUCAAAACCUUUAAAGACCGUUUAAACAGUAGUGACAAAAAUUUUAAUCUACAUGAUAGACUAUGUAAAUUCUUGAUGUCUUACCGAAAUACUCCACAACGAGGAACAGGAAGGACUCCCAGUGAUUUAAUUUUCGGUCGACCAGCAAGAAUUAUUUUUGACCAACUGAAACCAGAUGUAGGUAGAAAACUUGAUAAUGAAUCAUUAAAACAAAAGAUGUAUUAUGACAAACAACACGUCAGAGAAAAGUUUUUUGAGUUAAACGACCCCGUAUGGAUAAACAACCCAUUAACCAAGGGAUCAACGCCCGGUAAUAUAUUAAAACAAUCAGGUCCGUAUUCCUACUUGGUUGAUGUAAAUGGUAUCCCGAAGAGAAAACAUGCAGAUCAGAUGCGACAUCGGUACACAACAGAACCGGAAACGAGUUCAUCAAAUGAGAUAGUUGCACAUGACAAUACCAUUGACAAAGUUCCGACGGAGAUCAAAUAUGAAUCAAGAAUCGAAGUAUCACCAAAUGAGGUAACGACAGAAUUAUGUUCAACCCCUGUUAAUACACAAUCACCAACCCCUACCAAGUCACAAGGGUCUACACCGAUAUCAAGACGAAACCCACCAAGAAAUCGACAAAUACCUGUUCGUUUCCGAGACAAUUAA